GAUUCUGGGCAGAGACUGGGCUUCACUAUGGGUAACUCAGAGAGUAACUCUUUAACAGACUUUGACUCAACCUGGGAAGAUGAAGAUUACUAUGAGGACAGAACCAAGUCCAAGGAGUGGCCAUGGAGUGCACAAAGGAACACAGAUGCUGCCAAAGACAUGCAAAACUACAGAUACAUGUGGCGGAUCACCCGGUGUGAUGACGUGACAGAUCAUGAGCUGGACGAUGAAAAAGUCUUGCCGAAUCUGCGGUUCUACCAAAAUAAGAUCCCUUUCGACCCUGAUGGCAUGCUCAUUGAGGAUUUUCACACGCACUGGUUUGGUGAUUACGACAGGCUGGAACAUGUGCACUACUACAUUCAAUGGCUAUUUCCAACUCAUGAGAAAGGAAGGAACGCAUCACAUGAGCUUAGCCCAGAAGCAAUCAAGCUGUUCCGUAGGGACGAGCAGGUGAAGAAAAGAUUGUUGACAUCUUACAAGCUAAUGUUGGACUUUUAUGGCAUAGAACUCAUCAGUGAGGAAACUGGAGAAGUGAGACGAGCUACAAACUGGACAGAGCGAUUUGCAAACCUAAAUAGAAACACACACAAUAAUCUUCGCAUCACCCGUAUCCUUAAGUCCAUGGGAUUGCUGGGGUUUUCUCACUAUCAAGCACCGCUGGUUCACUUCUUCCUUGUUGAGACUCUGGUGCAAGGCACACUUCCCCAAGUCAAGCAGAGCACUCUGGACUACUUUAUGUUCGCAGUUGUAGACAAGACUAAAAGAAAAGAGUUGAUCAAAUUUGCCUUGUGUUAUUUUGAGCCAAAAGAGAAAUUUGUAUGGUGUCCUAAGAGCAUUCAGAUUCAAUUUUUGAAGGAGCUCGAGUGUGCACAUGAAGAAUGGCUUGGAAAUGCAAAGUAAUUAAGUGUUUAGAAUGAUCAAAAGGGUAUAAAAUCAAGAUGAAACUGAUACGUGCAUAAAAUCUGCAGAUAAGAUUUGUAGUUAAGUUACUUUGUCUACUGAAAAGACCGGUGAGUCAAAACAGAAGCCUCAGACUAACCUUUUAACAAUAAUUUAAUAAAGAUGCUCAGACAUG